CUAGCAGUUCGGGCGGCGGGAGGCGGAGCGGCGGCGGCGGGCAGGCAGCGUAGCUUCGGGAAGGUUCUCGCGCGCCCCGGCCCGCAGCAUCCGCACGCGCCGCCAAGAUGCCCAAGAGGAAGGUGAGCUCGGCCGACGGCGCGGCGAAGGACGAGCCCAAGCGCAGGUCGGCCAGGCUGUCCGCGAAACCGGCUCCUGCGAAAGUGGAAGCGAAGCCAAAAAAAGCAGCGGGAAAGGAUAAACCUUCAGACAAAAAAGUGCAAGCAAAAGGGAAGAGGGGAGCAAAGGGCAAGCAGGCUGAAGUGACUAAGCCAGAGACUAAAGAAGACCUACCUGCCGAGAACGGAGAGGCAAAGAGCGAGGAGAGUCCAGCCUCUGAGGAAGCGGGAGAGGAAGACGCCAAGGCUGAGUAGUCAUCCACCGUGUCCAUCAGCAUCCCUGUCUCCUUCUUGUACAAUCCAGAGGAAUAUUUUUUAUCAACUAUUUUGUAAAUGCAAGUUUUUUAGUAGCUCUAGAAACAUUUUUUAAAAGGAGGGAAUCCCACCUCAUCCCAUUUUUUAAGUGUAAAUGAUUUUUUUUAAGAGGUGAAAUCAUUUGCUGGUUGUUUAUUUUUUGGUACAACCAGAAAAUAGUGGGAUAUUGAAUUAUGGGAAGCUUUGACUGUCUUGGGUGUCAGCUUAACAUUCCAUAGGUGGGGGGUUAGUUUUAUAUCCUACAAUACAAAGCAUACUAAAUGGCAAUUUGGAGUCACAUUUGUGCAUUUAAUAUGUCUUGAAUAUUUUCAAUUACUCCUAGUCUGUGUUUUUAGUAGAGCCGUUUCCUAAGAAAAAAAAACAAAAAACCACUCCUUGGUCACUGCCCUGUUGUCAGCACUGUGUGCCUCUGUGACAUCUCUAGUCGUGGUAGUCCAGUGUUCUUAAUAAUUUUGAUAACGUACUGUGAAAGAUGAAAAAUUUGCAUUUGCAGUGUGUAUGAUACUAAAAUUGUGAACCAGUGGGAGUUGAGUAGAGAUUGUGAGCAUUUGAAGAUGUUUGUACACGAGAGCCUAAUAAGGAAAAAUGCCUCUAAGAUUGAAGCUGGGUGUCACUGGAAUAACUUCUAAAGAAACAAUACAUGGUCUUUAGAUUUUUGGUACGUGUGUUAAGACUUGUGUACAAUUGAAAUGUUUGUGUACUGUUCCUCAGCACCAAUAAAAGUAUGAAAAUA